GUGUGUGUGUGUGUGUGUGCUCCCGUCAUCUGGGAUUUGUGUGUGUGUGUGUUUACUACUGAACUGGGUGUGUUUGUGUGUUUCGAUGCCACUCAGACUCCAACACUCCUCCUUCUCUGGUCAGGAUGUCCGCUGCACACACGCUAAUCCUGCUGCCUCUGACCCUCCUGGUGCUUCAAGCCCCUCCCCCCAGGGUCAGAGUUGAGGGUAGCACAUCGUUGGUUGAGAAAUAUGCUGAGGCCUCAGUGGGAACUGCAAGGUGCAGUGAAAGUUACAGCGGCGCGAGGCCAUGGAGCCUGCGUGGAGCUGGACUCUGCCACGGAGGCUGUGGUCAACGAAGGAUUCAAAAUGGACUGCAUUUCCUGUAAGACAAGAGGGGAAGUGCCCGCCACGGCCGUUGUUAAAUGGUCCUUCAAGGCCUCAGGCGAGAGCAACUACUCUGAUUUGUACAUCUACAAGAACAUGCAAGGUGAGAUCUUAGACCCGCGGUUCUUUGGGCGUCUGGUCUGGAACGGCAACAAAGACACGCUAGACCUGCAGGAUGGCUCCCUCUACAUCCUGAACGUGACCUACAACGACACAGGAACCUACGAAUGCACCUUUGAACGCCUGCUGAUCUACACCAAAUACCAGCAUGAAGUCAACAGACCCAAAUAUAUCAACCUCACAGUGGUGCCACAAUACACCAGAGGAAUGGCGUCCAUCUUGUCUGAGGUGAUGAUGUACGUCUCUAUCAUCGGACUUCAGCUCUGGCUGGUGGUUGAGAUGAUUUAUUGCUACAGAAAGAUCUCAGCAGCUGGAGAGGAGGCUCUGAGGGAGAACGAGGCCGAGUAUUUAGCCAUCGCAUCAGAGAGUAAAGAAAGCUGUGCAGGUGUGCAGGUGGCCGAAUGAAGAUGGUUGAUGAAGAAUCUGAAACAGCUUCUCAGAGGAACCCACCCUCUCCCCUCAACAGAACCAGAACUCUGAGGUGUUUUUUGUCGGUCAGAGCUGUAGACAUGUCUACUCAUUCUAGAUCUAUGCCCUUGCCUCUGCAUGGUGACAGCUGAUCAGCUGAUGCUCCCCAACUCUCCAAAGAUCUCAUUGCUUUGUUCUAUCUGAGUCUUUCCACCACUUAAAACUAAAAAACUAAACAUUUAAAGGGAAAAAUUACAAAAAAUGUGUGGAAAAGAGUUUUAAAACCAUUUUUAUACCAGAAAGACCAAAUCACUGCCAGGUAUUUAAAGCAGACUUUCUGCUGUUGUCUGAUCAUUUGUUGUGAUGUCAGAAUAUUUAGGUUUUGAUAUUAUACUUAGAUAUAAUAAUAUAUCAUUUUUAGGUUUCUGCAGGUUUUAUUUUCAUUUUAAUGAUGAUUAACAGAAUAAGAAAAAAUAAAUUCACCAUUAAAGAAAGAUUAUAAUUCGAAUUAAUUCUAAUGUUGUAUUAGAAAUAUUAUAUAACAAUAAUUUGUAAUACUAAAAGUCAGAAAAUAAAGAUGCGGUCCAACAGAGAAGCAACAACUUUUAUCUUCAUCCUUUGAAGAUAAAAACAGGGUCAAAAUUCAGCUUCAGCUGAUAAAUCUGUACAAACAGCGACGCUCAGUGGCCAUCUGUCAGAACUAUGAAAUCCACAACAGAUUGGUCCUCUGCUGCACAUUUUUAAUCUAAUAAAUAAAUAAAUAAAUAAAACAGAAUUAAAUGAAACAUUCAGAGAUCAUUCACUGCCCUUGCCACCUGUUGACCCUCCACCAGGGAGCAGCAGUCAUGUAUAGAUUAGUUUUGAAGGUACUAAUCCUGAUUCUCCACAGGGAUGCCCUGAAGCCAGGAGUGACACACCCCUCCCCCCAUAUGAUAAUAAAGGUUUGAAUUGUUUUUUAAAACUUCGCUGUGGUGAACGUUCACCAGCAUGCUUCAAAGCGGGGAAACCAGACAAGGAAAGUUCAACAAUCUCAGAGCUGGAAGCUGCCGCUCUGCAUGUUUCUGCUGGUCUCUGUUAGGUCAGACCCAGAGUAUCUGAAUGCUGUUUGAUGGGACAAAGUAAAAGCUGAACUUUUUAAAACAUUAAACACAAACGAGUUAAAACAGGCCAUUUCCAUUUGACCUCCAUCUAAUUGUCAGCUCAGAAUGAAGCAGCAGCUGAAUUCAAGCUUCUGCGUCCGUUUUCUGUUCAUUUCAGAAACUAAUAAAGCAGCAAUUUAUUCUUUAUGUAUGAAUGUUUGCUGUCACAAAACAAUAAAACUAACUGAGACAAUAAACCAAAGUGUCAAGAGU